AUGUUGAUUGGAUUGGAGCCCUUCGGGAGGAGAGGAAGAAGUAAACCAUGCCACAGAGGGCCCCCAGGCACCCCAGGACAAAGUGGAGGAAAUGGAGAGCUGGGACCAGAGGGAGCCAAGGGGGAGAAAGGUGACCCAGGACUGUCUGUGGAAGAGGUGAGAGAGCUGGUGACCAAGGAGCUUUCGGAGAAAUGUGGCAAGGACUUCCUGCUGACGGUGAACUCCGUGGACCCGGAUGCAGAGAGCAUUUUAAGAGGUGACAAGGAGGAUGAAGAGGAGGAAGAGUCUGCACUCUCUCAUAGCGAUUCUGAGGACACAGGCAGCGAGGAUAAGGAAAUAGUCACAGCUACCCAAUUAAUGACAACAUCGAACAAUUCCUUCAACAAUAUCACAAGCGGUGAGGGGAGAGGCGAGUGGGGACGGAAGUACAGGCGGCACCCCCCGGCCCUUUUCUCAGGCUUGACCUCUGACCCCUGUCUGGCGCCCAUGUUGGAGGGCUCAUGCACGGAGUACAUCCUGCAGUGGUACCACCACGGCCGGUCUGGGGAGUGCAGGCCCUUCCUGUACGGGGGCUGUGGGGGGAACCACAACCGAUUCGCCACCAAACAGGCGUGUCAGAGAAGGUGUGAGGGAGGGAAGAGAGAUUCUGAAAGGUGAAAGACAUCCUGCCAACAAAACAUUUCAGAUAACUUUUAUUUUUGUAAAUGAGUGUCUUAUAAUUGCUUUUUCGUUGUAUAUUGUUUUUUUAUAUACAGUAAACUUGUUAACACUGAAAUUUGAUAACAUUGCCAUUUUAGGUUGGUAUUACCUGAAAUGGAGAAAGUACACAGAACUGAUUAUAAAUGAAUGUCAUUAAUCACUAUAUUCACAGUACCUUUGUGAUGUGUUAACAGAAACACAAACACACAUAUAAAUGAGUACAGUGGUCUGUAAUAUACACACUGUGUUGGGGGAUACAGAUAAGAAAUGAUGAAGCAUACCACUGUGCCGAGAACAUACCAUUUAUGGAUAAUGGUAUAUCGGUGCCAUGAGUUUUUCUAAACCUUGUUUUAACCCUGCAUCCUGUCACGUGGCAUGUUAUGUUGGCAUUCCAAUAAUUUAAAUAGCCAAAGAAUUGAUUGGCAAUAAAAGAGUUGAGACUUAAAAUGCAGGGGAAAAAACAGCUUGUGACAAAUUCAUGGCCUCAUAUACGGGUGACAGGGCUGGUCUUGUGUUACAGAUCUCAUUCCCAAUUAAAAUGCGUACUUUGAACUUUGAGCCAAACCAACUUCUCCAUUCCAUUCAUUAAGAGCAGUUGAGAUCUGCUCUUAAUGAGCAACAGUUGUCUCUUUAUAACCUGUAAGAUUUUUCACCCACUUUCCACUAAUUAAACAAAAGAAAUGAAAUGCACUGAAAUAAAAUAUUAACUUUC